UUCAGUGAGUAACGCGUGUAUGUUUUAACAAAAGUUUUGUUCAAUGUUUUUUUUGUGUAUUUUAUAACUGUUUUUGUUUUAUUAUUUAAAUAAUUAAAUGUUGAAUUUAUAAAAGUGAUACGUUCGUGAAUUUUGUGAUAUUUAAGUUAUAAAUCCGUGUACAAUGGACGGAUGGAAAUCUAAUUUCGAUGGUGUUUGUGAAUCACAACUUAAAAUUCGUGAUAACGAUUUUAAUAUAACCGGAUCAUCUGGAUGCGAUAUGGACAUGACGGGGAGUUUUGAUGUUUCAUUAGAAUGUCGAAGUCCUUCACCAUCAUUUACAGUACCGAUGCCACGAAAAUUAAAUUUUAAUAGCGAAAUAGAAAUCGCAUCGUCUUCAACACCAAUUAGUUCUGGAACAAAUCGUGCAAAUGUUACGUUUAGUCCACCAUAUAAGAAAGUGCGUGCCUUACGAUUAUUUGACAGUCCAGCGACACCAAAAACAUUAUUAGAAAAAUGUAGUUCGAUAAAUGCAUCCCGAGCAAGAUUAUUUGGUGAAAAUGUUCCUAGAGCUGUGCCAUGUAAAUUGGAAAAACCAUUAGCAAAUGUUAACCCGUUUACACCUGACAAUUAUUUGAAUAAUACAAAGAAACGUACAAGAUCGAUCAGAUCUGUGGAUUCUCCAAUUCAAAUUACGGCAACUACAAGAUGUGAUAUUGAAUCCGAUAAUAGUGAUUACGAAAUUGAGCAACCUACAAAACGAUUAGCAUUACAGGAGAAUAAUAUUUCACGAUAUCAUGAAGAAUUUGUAGAAGUUGAAUUAAUCGGUACCGGUGAAUUUGGAUCGGUUUAUAAAUGUAUAAAUCGAUUGGAUGGAUGUGUUUACGCAAUUAAGAAAAGUCUAAAACCCGUUGCAGGCAGUGUAAAUGAGAAAACAGCAUUAAAUGAAGUAUAUGCCCACGCUGUACUUGGUAAACAUCAGCAUGUUGUUCGAUACUACAGUGCUUGGGCUGAAGAUGACCAUAUGAUUAUCCAAAAUGAAUUCUGUAAUGGUGGCUCACUAGCUGAUGCAAUCGCCGAGCAUGAACGUGCUGGUACACGCUUCACAGAAACAGAGCUACGUCGUCUUCUACAUCAUCUGGUGGAAGGUUUACGCUAUAUACAUUCCAUGCAACUGGUACAUAUGGAUAUGAAACCAGCAAAUGUGUUUGUAUCCAAAGAAAUGCGUACACAUUCACUACUGUGUUAUGAUUCCGCCGAUGAUGGCUUUGAUGAAUUGGAUGAAUCGUUAUCUUCAACGGAAGAAGAAAUUACAUAUAAAAUUGGUGAUUUAGGGCAUGUAACUUCAACAACAAAUCCACAAGUGGAAGAAGGCGAUAGUCGAUAUUUACCGAAGGAAAUUUUACAAGAAGAUUAUACACAUUUGACAAAAGCAGAUAUUUUUGCACUAGGUUUAACUAUGUACGAGGCAGCUGGCGGUGGUCCUCUACCAAAAAAUGGAGAAUCAUGGCAUGAAAUUCGUGAAGGUCAUCUUAAAGAAUUACCAUACAGUCGAGAUUUUAAUGAUUUACUUAAGCAAAUGAUUGACCCUAAUCCCGAAUUACGACCUUCAGCACUAUGCAUAAUGCAACAUCGAUAUUUAUGUCCGUUUGGUAAUAAAACCAAAGCACAAUUACGUCGCGAAUUAAAUGCUGAAAAGUUAAAAAAUGAAAUAUUAUCAAAACAAUUAAUGGAAGCUGCAAAAUGUUUAAAAACAUUUGCACCGAAUAUUCUAAAUCAAAAUCAUUCUGAAUCGAACAAUAAUAAUAAUAAUAUUAAUAAUAAUAAUUCGACAACGUCUACACGGCAAUUACGAUCAUCGACAAAUAAAUUAACGUCACGAUUAAUUGGCAAAAAAGUCAAUCGAUCACAUUCGACGACAAAUUUUUAAAAAAUUGAUUUUUGU